AAUAAUACAGACAUCACGUACAAAUUACAGAGAGAAAAAGGAGAGAGGAAAGAGAGGGGAUAGAGGAGAGAUGGCAAAGGAGCAUUUCAGCCACGACCACCCCCUGACCUUUCAGCAAUGGCAGGAAGGAAAACAUUGCUCCGGCUGCAAGUUUCCCAUCGUCCAUGGAUCGGUGUACAAGUGCUGGGAAUGCAACUUCUACCUUCACGAACAGUGCUUCAAAGCCAAGCGCUACUUUAAGCACCCUUUCCACACCACUCACCCUCUCAACCUUCAUCCCAAACCCACUUAUCCCGGCCGUUUCUUUUACUGCGAGAUCUGCCGCCAGGAAGGCCAUGGCUUUUCCUAUGGCUGUUCCGACUGUGACUUUGACCUCCAUAUCCAUUGCGCUUUGGCACCUCUUGGCACUGGAGGCACUGGUUAUUCUAGGUAUAAUUAUAAUUAUAAUUAUAAUUACCCCCAAAACGCGUCCGGAUCCUAUGGAGGAGGUAAUUAUAACAACUAUUACCCCCAAAACAGCACGCCAAGCCAUGGAGGUGAUUAUCCUGCAGGUUACCCACCAGCCGGAGCAUAUCAAUAUCAUGGGGACAACCCACAAUUCCAUAAUAAUCCAAGUGAUUAUUAUGCUACUGGGAAUGAGUUUCCACAGGGCAACCAGCAGUCAGCAGAUUAUGCUGAUCAGUAUGAUCCUGAAUCUACAGACGAUACCCUUUUCCCCCAGAAGAAUUUCCCAAAUCCAGCUAUUAACCAGGAAAACCGGCCAACAGAUGCUCAGUUUGGGCAAGUAUCUGAUGCUGCAAGCGAUGAAUCUAUUGCCAAUUCUCCUAACAAUACAGCUGCCCUUUCGAAUGAACUUUCACAAACUGAUGAUCAGUAUCAUCCGGUUCUUGAAACGGCUGCCAAUGCUUCUGCAGGACAGUACUACUCUCCACAAGACGGUCAAUCCGGGCCGGAAUCUGAUGCUAAUCGAACAACAAAGGUGUCACGAGCUGGUGAUGAAAAUCAAGCACUGUCGCAAGAUGCGGAGCACUUCGUCCACCACACUCUGCGGCCUUAUAAUGUCCCGCAGGGGGAUCCUGUUCUUUGCUCGGUUUGCAACCAGAAGCUUUCUGGCUCGACUUAUAGGUGCAGCGUCCACCUACACGAGUCGUGUUUUCACUUAGUCGAGCAAGAGGAAGAAGAAGAAGAAGAGUCUGGAGAACAUUUAGUAGAAGCCUCGAAAGAUGUUGCCAAGUCCCAUAUGAAAAUACGUAAGCAUGAAUUUAAAACUACAGAGCAUGAACCUGCUACCACGAAAAUUGUAGCUCGUAAAUUUGUUGCCACAAAAACUAGACGAAGGCCCUCGCAACAAAAGGAUCAGUCUCUCUUGACAGGCUCUGAGGACGAAUCAGAAGAAGGCGCAAAAGAAGAAGGAGAAGAAGAGUCUGAAAGUACAGCCCAUGAACCUGCUGCCACUAAAAUUGUAGCUCGUAAAUCUGUUGCCAUAAAAACUAGACGAAAGCCCUCUCAACAAAAUGAUCAAUCUCUAUUGAAAGACUCAAAGCAAGAAUUAGAAGAAUGCCUAGAGGAAGAUGAUGAUGAUGGUGGUGAAAUGCCUCAAAAACAUUAUUUGAUCAAGCUACAAGGGAAUAUGCCUCAGCUUAAGCAUAAAUCUGAAGCUAUAGACCACAAAUUGGUUGACACAAGAAUUGUUGCCCAUAAAUCUUUCGCCACUAAAACCAGUCAAAGGACCUCUCAACAAAAUGAUCCAUCUACAUUGAAAGAGGAGGAAUUAGAAGAAGACCCAGAAGAAGAAGAAGAAAUGUUUGGAAAACAUUUUGUAGAAUCCUCAGUUGAUUCAAUUGAGAUGCAAAGGAAAGUGGUUGAGCAUAAACAUAAAUCUAAAACUAUAGCCCUUGAAUCAGUUGACACUAAAAUUGUCGCACGUAAAUCUGUUGCCACUAAAACCAGACCAAGGAUCUCUCAACGAAAUGGUCAAUCUAUGUUGAAAGAGGAAGAAUCAAAAGAAGGCCAAGAAGAAGAAGAAGAAGAAGAAAUGUCUGGAAAACAUUUCCCAGAAUCCUCAACUGAUUCAGCCCAUAAAUCAGUUGGCACUAAAGGAAGAGGAAGGCUCUCCCAACAAGAUGAUCAAUAUCUCUUGAAAGGCUCAGAGAAAGAAUUAAAAGAAGGCCCAAAAGAAGAACAACAAGAAGACUCUGGAGAACAUCAUGUUAUAGCCUCAGUUGAUGCAAUAGUGCUUCAGAUGACCAAACGACUAGCUCAAUUGGUUAAGAACCUGGGACAAAAUUUGGUCAAAUUUAAAAUAGUUUUGAGCUUCUUCACCUUUUCUUCUCGGGGCUGGGAAAUUUUCCUUACCGGUCUAUUCUUGAUUGCUCAGUUGAUUAAGAACGUAGGACAAAAUUUUGCCAAAUUAAAACUAGUUUCGAACUUCUACACUUUUUCUUCUUGGGGCUGCAAAAUCUUCCUGGCUGGUCUAUUCUUGAUCGCUCAAUUGAUCAAGAAAGUGGGACAACGUUCAACCAAAUUUAAAUUAGUUUCAGGGUUCUACACUUUUUCUUCUUGGGGCUGGAAAAUCUUCAUGGCUGGUUUCUUCUUCAUUGCUCAAUCUAUUAAGAAUGUGGGACAAAGUUUGGCCAAAUUUAAAUUAGUUUCAAGUUUCUACACUUUUUCUUCUUGGGGUUGGAAAGUCUUCCUGGUUGGUCUAUUAUUGAUUGCUCAAUCGAUUAAGAAUGUGAGACAAAGUUUGGCCAAAUUUAAAUUAGUUUCAAGUUUCUACACUUUUUCUUCUUGGGGUUGGAAAGUCUUCCUGGUUGGUCUAUUAUUGAUUGCUCAAUCGAUUAAGAAUGUGAGACAAAGUUUGGCCAAAAUAAGUUUGAGUUCCCACUCUUUUUCUUCUUCGGGUCGCAAAAUCUUCCUACUUGGUCUAUUCUUCUUGAUCACUUUGUGGUGUCUUAGCUUCUUCCUUCGCCGUUGGGUUUGCUACUUUUGUCAGGCUGUCACUUAUUAAGUUGUGUUCAAUUGUCAAGACUGCUUGUUCUUGUUCUUAUUGUUAACUUAAAUUUGUUGGGAGAGUUAUUCUCUUCAAUUGUCAAGACUGCGUGUUCAAUUGUCAAGACUGCUUGUUCUUGUUCUUAUUGUUAACUCAAAUUUGUUGGGAGAGUUAUUCUCUUCAAUUGUCAAGACUGCUUGUUCUUGUUCUUAUUAUUAACUCAAAUUUGUUGGGAGAGUUAUUCUCAAUUGAAAUACCCAAAAUUUGUCGGGAGCUUUUCCUCAGUUGAAAACUUGAAAUAAAUGCAAAUAUUGCUUGAAUAA